AUGGGUGGAUGCAGCAACGGCAAGGCGUCGUUGCAAGUCUUGCUGGACUUGCAGCAGGCAUGGAGGCGGAAUUUCUCUGGGUGGGUGGCUGGGGGGGACUGCAGCUUAGCACAUGUCGUGCGCCGGGAGUUUAGGCGAGGAGCACAGCAAAAUAGAGGGGCUAUUGAGCUUUGCCCCCGGCUCCCCACCAGGAUGACGUUAUGUGCACGUUAG